CGCAAAGGGAGGACUUUACUGUGACUGUGGAAGGGAGCCGACCACAAAAAUGUCAAACAAACUGAUUGAGCUUGAGGAGAAUGCGACCCACACAGGUCCAAAAGGAGUCAUCAAUGACUGGAGGAGGUUUAAACUGGAAAGUAUGGACCGGGAAAACCUGCCUUCCGCAAAAAAAGAACUGCUGAGACAAAUGUCUUCCCCCAAUAAAUCAAAAGAUGACUCCAGAGCAAACCUAAACCGAAAGAUGAGUGUCCAAGAGUAUGAGCUGUUAAAGGAGGAGGAUGAAGGGUGUCUGAAGAAGUACAGGAGGCAAUGCAUGGAAGAGAUGCACAACAAGCUCAGCUUUGGGCCCAGGUUUGAAGGCGUGCACGAUCUGGACAGUGGAGAGGCCUUCCUAGAAGUAAUUGAAAAGGAGCAUCACAGCACGGUGGUGGUUGUCCACAUUUACAAGAUUGGUAUCAAAGGUUGUGAGCAGCUCAACAGCUGCCUUGACUGCCUGGCCACUGAGUACCCCACCGUGAAGUUCUGCAGAAUUGACGCUGUAUCGUCUGGAGCCGCGGAGCGUUUUUCGGAUGAAUACCUACCAACUCUGCUGGUGUACAAAGCUGGAGAGUUACUAGGGAAUUUCCUUUCCUGCACACAGCAUCUAAGUGAAGAAUUCUUUGCCACAGAUGUUGAAGCUUUUCUCAAUAGCUAUGGUCUGUUGCCUGAGAAAGAGCUGCCCAAGCUGGAGGAUGAAGAAGAAAAUGAUGUAGAGUAAAUAAAGUGCAGCCACUGACAGAGAAAAUAAGCUGUGUCAAAUAUCUAAGACUGGGAAGAUUUCAUAAAUAAAAUAUGAUGAGUAUUCUUUAUUGCCUUAGCAAAUAGGAAGUCCAUGUCAAGUUCUCUAGAACUCUAGUUCUGGAUCAUUUUCCAAAGGAGAAACAACAUCCAAGUUGGUAUGGUGGCUAUAAAACACCAGACAGUAUAUGGGAGCAGCUUGUUGACUGAAAGAAAAGACAUAACAAUUACGUAAAAACUAUUUUAUUUUUUAAUUUUUUAAUUUUAGAGAAUGCUACAUACUGUGUCUUUGUAAAAAAAUUAUCUAUUCUUCUUAUAAUUUUUUAGUCCUAGUUGAUUGAUAUUUAAUGUUGAAAACAAUUUUAAAAUAGUUUGAUAUAUUGUUACUAAAUGAACUUUAAUGUAUUGAGCAACUCCCAUGUUUUUAUUGCAAGUUCUGCAAGAGCCUAAAAAAUACGUGAAGGAUUGAACUUGUUUGACUGUCUUUUUUUUAAAAGCACUAAGGUUGACUGUUGUCUCUGGAAAAAAAUUUAUAAGAUACAUAUCGAUCAAUAAAAUAUGACACCUGAGGAC